AGAAUGCCAGAAUUACAUCCGCGUGAUGCUCCAAAAAACUCAAGAUGAACUCUUUGUAUGUGGCACCUAUGCAUGUAGUCCAAGCUGCAAAACAUACAGGAUUCAACAGACUUUGGAUGGUGGUAUCAAUUAUCGUCAGAUAGGUUCAUUGUCCAAUGCAAAAGGGGUGGCCCCCUAUCUGCCACAGAGUAACAGCACUGCAUUGUAUGCAGGUGGAAAAAUAUAUACUGCCACUGAAUUACACUUUGAUGGCAAUGAACCUGUGAUUUACAAUGGAGAUAUCAGAGUACAGAGAAACUCCAUGAUGCUCAAUGUUCCCACACAUUUUGUGAGCUCAAUGGAAUAUGAAGAUAAAAUUUAUUUCUUCUUCAGUGAGCCAGCAGUUGAGUACAUCAACUGUGGAAAGGCCAUAUUUUCAAGGGUGGCCAGAGUGUGCAAAAAUGACCAGGGAGGAAAGAUCUUGCUGAAAAAAGAAUUCACAACCUUCUUCAAAACCCGUCUCAACUGCUCCAUACCAGGGGAUUAUCCUUUUUAUUUUGAUGAAAUCCAGGCGACAUCUGACAUGCACAAAGGUAAUUACAUGUCCUCCUCUGACCAGUCCAAUGCCACGGACAUGAUCUAUGCUGUGUUCAACACCCCGCAGAACAGCAUCCAGGGCUCGGCGAUAUGUGCAUUCCGCUUCUCUGACAUAAUCCACGCAUUCAGGGGGACAUUCAAAGAACAGAAAGGAAAGGAUUACAACUGGCAGUCUGCGCCCUUGGACAGCAUACCAAGUCCACACCCAGCUGAGUGUGCCAACAGUUCAACAGUCAUCGAUGACAUGACAUUGAACUUUGUGCAGGAACAUCCCAUGAUGGAAUCUGCAGUACCUGCAUUUGGUGGACAGCCAGUUGUCAUGGCAACAUCUCUAACUUCAACUUUUACCCAAAUGGCUGUUGACUGGCAAAGAAGGGCUGGAGAUGGACGCUACUAUGAUAUCAUGUUUAUUGGAAGAAGUGAUGGUUACGUAUUGAAAACUAUAAACAAAGGCAGAGGAUCAGCCAUUGAGACGGUCACAAUUGAGGAAAUUGAAGUCUUCAGAAACAAACCAUUCACAAGUAUGAAAAUCUUCAGAAAUCCUAAUGGUGAGGAGAAACUGAUUGUGGUGUCAGCACACCAGGUCAAAACCAUUCCACUUCACAGGUGCCACCUACAGAAAACAUGCAGUGCUUGUGUAGCAUUACAAGACCCCUAUUGCUCCUGGACAGAAGGAAAAUGUGAGAACUCUAUAAAUGGCAUUCAGAACAUCUACCAAGGUGUCAACUCCAGUUGUCCUGCUGACCCCUCCACUACAAAAGAAUCCACAAGAGUGACUACUCCAGCACCUGCAGUGACAUGUGCCCCCUGCAUAUGUCCACAGCCCACAGUCGGAGGGAGUCAGACCAGCCCGUUGAAUAAUAAUAAUGGGAAAACUGUGGUUACAUCCACGGCCUCCUCAUCUCCAGUUGAUGGCGCUGGUGACAAAAAGAAAGACCAAGAUAUUAAAAAUUCCAGUGCUGAGGCUCUUCCAAAUGGAGAUGUUCGCGUUGCUGCAGCUUCUGUUGGAGGCGGUGAGACAGCCUACAGUCCAGUGGUACUUGGCAUUGCUGUUGUUGUCGCAAUUGUUGUAUCUUUAUUUGUCGGGUUUUUGAGCGGAUAUAAAUUCAGCACGUAUAAUAAAUCAAGGAGAAGAGACAAUAUAGAUACAUCAUACAAAGAGCCAAAUGUGGAGCUGCAGAAAAGUCCAGGUCCUGACUAUUACUCAUCAAACUUUAAUGACAAUUCUGGUGGCUACAAGGACGUGCAAAAACAGUUGAAUGUAGUGUUAAAUAUUCCAAAAAAUCCAUCAAAGUUACCGAAUGGGAGUCCAGAGACCAAGGUUCAUGUUCCAGAAAACCAACAAAAAGUGAGGAAAGUCUACUUAUAGCAGCAGGUUUGCUUCAGUUUGUAGCCCAUCGUAACUGAGACUUUCGAGAAAAUUCUAAGACAAAAAGCAUUGUCAAAAAUGACCAGUAUUAAGAUAAUGUAUAAAAGUACCUUUUACUAGGUAAAUACACAAGAACAACAUAUCACUACUAACGUAGGUUUACUAACAUAAGGGCAAUGCAUGAUGAUUUUGAGUACGCAAUAUGUGGUCUUAGUAACAAUAGGUUUAUGGAGUAAGGCGCUAGCAGAGUCGAGUCUCAUUGGGCAAUGUGUAACAGUAUAGUGUAAUGAGUGUAUUUGGAUAUAAAAUGUGCAUGUUCAGCUUAAUGCAGUGCUAGAUACGUCAAAAUUGUGCUGGUGGCUUAUUGGCUGAGGACAUUGGUGGAUAGAAAUGAAAGAGGGGUGCUGGAAGCUGUGAGCUGAUAGCAUAUAACAAACCAAGGAGGCCUGGUGAAGGACUAAGCAACAAAUAACGGGCUUGGAGAAAGAAAUGCUAAACAACUUGUUCUCAUUUUUCCAGUCACCAGAUGUGUAUUGGAAGCUGGAUCAAUUUUUCAAUGAAGAAAUGACAGUAUGAUACACUGCGUUGACCUUCUCUCCGUAUGGAGCAGACUGUAUUCGUAGUGCUUCUUGUGCUACUUCAACGACAAUGAUCUCAGUGAUUUUGAGAAUUUUUUUUUUAAUCUUCAUGCCAAUAUUCACAGUGUCACAAACAUUCAAACAAACUUACAAGAACAACGAAGGCAGCAACAAGAUACAAAAAAGCACCUUUAAUCCAGGGAUUGACAUUUCCAUGGUUCUGACAAAAAAUGGCUAUUCUGCAGUGGUGCUGUUAUGGACGGUUGCGGGUUAAAGAUACAUAAAUGUUACUUUAACCCAGGCUGCGAGUGACUAACCCUCAGGAAGGCCAAUCACUCACAAGGUGCUGUCAUAGUGUGAACAGAGGCAUUUUUAUAUAAAAAAAGAGAAUGAAAAGACAUUCCAGUGAAAAUGAGGAAGAAAAAAUAUCUGUAUUUAAGCCCUGCCAUAUUUGUGUAUAUGUGUACAUAAGAAUUGUAAAUGUGUAUAUUGUACAGUCUUUUUUAUUGUAGUAUGCUGUCAAGGAUGCAGUGUUAACCAUAGUACAGAUACUCAUAUGUUCACUAUAUAUGCUAUGCAAAAUGGCACAGCAACAUAUACUCUGUUAACUUCCAUUUAGGCUUCCUGCAACAAGCACAAAGUCCUUAAAGUUAUCAUAUUAGGCAACUUAUAGUUUAUUGUAGUAAAUUUUGUUUUCCUUCUGUUUAAAUCAGUCAAAUCUACUUAAGCAGAUGUGCUUCUGAAGUAAAAUUAGGCAUCGUAAUUAGAAAGUGUUGAUGACUGGUUCCCAGUCAGGUUAUGCUGCAAAGGCCAAAUUUUAAGCUCACUUUCUUUGUCACUUGGUUCAUUGAACAAGUGUUGUUUUAUGUUGUACUACUGGUAUAGGUGUACAGGCUAAGCUUUUUUACUCUCAAUGUCUUUAAAAAUCCCCAUGUUUUAUGUUUCUAUCCAUCGUCACCAUUUCAUCAUUAUUCAUCAGAACAUGCACAAUUCACAGUGUAUUUAGGAGAGUCAUAUCAUCAUACAUUGGCAGCAGCAUUUUUGCUAUUAACACACUACUGACCUGACAAGCCAGGAAAUGCAUUUGAUUGAAAUAUAGUCCUUAGUGGAGCUAAAUUAGUGAGUUUGAUUAGCUUGUAUUUGUAUAACUACCAAUAUUAAUCUGGGUAACUAGCAAUGCCAUGCUUCUGAGAAUGUUUUAUGGCAUCAAUGUGUAUUUGUUUUUUCAAACUCAAAUUUUAGGACCUAGGGUUUGAUUGUCACUGAAAAAUCUACAGAUAAAUUUAUGCACUGUUAUUAUGACACAUAUAACUGCUUAGUUUUUU